AUGGAUUCUGGGUCUUGGACCAAAACCUUUCACGGGUACCUGUGUAUUGGUGAGACGCCAAUCAGCGCACCAAGUGUGGAAUACUGCAAGUACAUCGAUCAAUCACAGGGCAAGAAUUCGUUAGAUACUUCGAUUACUGGCUAUGCUGCUGUCAAUGACCAUGCCUUUACCAAUUUAAUACCCGAUCCAACCGUGGCUGUCGCUCGAUUCUCCAAUGGCGCCCAAGACAAGACUACCACAGCUGCCGAGCUCCGGCUCACUGCCAAUCGUGUGGCCGUCAGCAUAUCGCCCCAAACUCUGCAGAAGCUGCGAAGUAUCGGGGCUAUAUCUCUAUCUGGCCAACUCUUUGACAUCGCGACAAUGCUCAAGUCUCGCGACCCUGUCACUAUUACUAUGCUGUUCACACUGCAUGUUGCUCAUCAUGUUUCUGUUCUGCGAAAUCUUAUCAACAGCCGUAAGGAUCAGGACAGGGCUGCCUCUCCUCUAUCCCGAUACUUCGCCCAUUCCCCUCAGUCACACUACAAUGACAGCAUUCAGUGGGUACGUGCGGAACAGCUGAGUGAUGGAACAUUCUCAAUGUUUGGUUUUCAGCUCAAGCACACGCGUGGCUUCAAGUAUCUUCUCAUUUACGAUCCUGCCGAAGAUCAUCGUUCGAUGCCACAGAUUGGCGAAGCUUGCAAAGUGUCUUUCCCCGAUGCCAUCUAUUCUACUAGUACUCGCAAUUCGGGUGGCAAAGCGGAAGUUGUCUUGGAUGGCAACCAACAGGAAGAGGCUUGUUCUGCAAUGUACACUGCCUUGUUGCACACACAAGGCCAUCCGGACCCUAUGUCGUCUGUCAACGAGGAAUCCCGCGACUAUCUCCAGCGUGGACUCACUGCUCAAGAGACAAAGGAACUUAUAGUUUUUGCCUAUGACGAGUACAACAAUGACAACCAAAAAUAUGAACUCAUCCAAAAGCGUCUUCUCACCAUAGAAUCGCUCUUAGAUCACCCCGAUCUCGCAGUGCCAGGCACAGGCAAUGGCAAUACCAAUGACAAAGAGGUCUGGUUCAGUGCGACGCGCAUCGGUCUCCAAAUCCCUAACCUCCACUCCAAGUACCAUGUUUUCGCAGUGAGAGCGCCUAUCAACAAGAGCGCAAACGUCGGCGACGAGGGAUUGCCGAUAGCCACUUGUCUUGGAGUUGAUUUCAUCAAGCCCGAGGAUUCGGAAACAACUCGCGCCUUCUUCGAUCAUCUCUGUCAAACGACCAACGCAACCAUCGUCCGCUUGAAGGUGGAUUUCUCAGUAAAGCCACUCAGAGGAGAGUCACUCGCAAUCGACGCUCUAAACCAUACUCCAAGCGUUAGUCCACCGCCAUCCCCAAGAAGCCUCGAAGCGUAUGGGUACCUUCUGGGCUUCACUCCCCUUCCCGAACCUACCAACCUCCUCAGCGAGCUUCCUGGAAUCAUGAGAAUCGUUGAAAACAAGGGAUUCAAAUACCUUGCCGGUAUCUUCAAACACAUGGACCCUGACAUGAGAAUGGCUAUAUGCAACAUGCGUAACACGAACGCCGGUCUUCACUUCAUCCCUGGCGUCGCUGGGAGUGGAAAGCCCUACCUACUGGAAUUCAUGAUUCUUUACAUGUUCUAUGGUAUCCAUGACACAGUCGACGCUAUCAACCAGCAAGGGUCCUUGAAGGCAGAAUUCAUGUAUGUCUUGGACAACAAUGUCGGGCUUGAAGCUUUCUACAAUCGCCUCAAGCAGAGACUUGACAACCUCGGAAUUGAAACCAGUUCUCACUUCCAGGUCAUGAGACUGUACUCCGUGAAUAGAGAAAUUAGCUCGGCCUCUAAUAGAGGUAUUCCUGCCAAUGGCCAGUUGGACAAACUUGAGGCGGAACAGGAGCUGAGUGCUCUGAUGGACCAGUUCAUUCCUCAGACUACAGUUACGCGCAUCUCCAUCCAAACCCAAGAGACCCGAGAUGGUCUCCGCGAAGCCAAGUAUCGCCACAACAACGACGGAUCCCUGUGCAGUGUUGCUCUAGAAUACCUGAGCCAGAAACCCGAGAGAUUUGGGGCCCUGAACGAACUUUUGGCACGGAUCCAACAUGGCGAACAGCUUGAAGAGGAAUACUUCUCCAUUUUAAAAGCAUGGAUCAAAGAACUCUUCGUGCAGUAUUUGCUCCAGUUCGAAGGUGUUGUUUUGUCCAUAACAACUGCUGCCGCGGACUUCCAGUUCCGUUCCCACUUCGACCUCGAGCUCGUGUUGAUAGAUGAAGCCUUUACCAUGGGAGAACUGGUAACUCUCGUCCCAAUUGCGCUUUUCAAUCCAAAGGGUUGGGUGAUCACUGGCGAUGUAAAUCAACGGGGCCCCUCAAUAUUCUCGUCGACUUUGCUAUUCUUUAGUGCUGAAUACAUCUCGGUGGUAAUUACACCGAGUGGGGGCAUCGGGGUAUUGUCGCCCGUUGGUCUUGGCGCCAAAGUGAUGCGGCGACACAACUCCAUGGUGAUCUAUGAAAGACAGCAUCAGAUUAAUUUCAGUCAGUAA